AUGGAAAUAAUGGAGUCAGUACCAGCAGAAUCACAACAGUUAAAGAUUCUAGAUAGAACUAAUGAUUUGAUUUCACCACCAAUACUGAACGAAAAAGAGGACUCUUCCAUAUCGAAAGUGAAAGACAAUGAUGAAAAGGAAGCCACAAAUCUAGAUAAUGAAAGUCGACAUAAUCAAGAUGAAAUAAAUGCAUCAACGAAUGGAAAAGACUUAGGAAAUAUCGAUUCAAACAAUAACAAAGAAAAAACUGAGAAUAACACUAGCAAUAGCAACACCUAUAUCGAGGAAAAUGAAAGCAAGAGCAAUGGGAUUAAGAAUGAGACUAAUGAUGAAACUAACAAUGAAAACAACAAUGAAAACAACAAUAUCACUAUAUCCAAAGAUUCACCAUUAACAGACAUUGCUACUUCACCACCUCCUUUUGAUUCUUUCAACCUUGAUGGGGAAUUAAAAAAUACACUAGACACAUUGGAUAGAGAUGAAACUUUUAAAACUUUUCAAAAUUUCAUUAAAGGAGAUAAAGAAUCUUCAAAUGGGUUUAAAGAAAAUGGAGAUAUAAAAGAUGAGAAAGAAGAAGAUGACAUCAAGAAAGAUAACACAACUAGAAUAAAUCCACAAAGAAAAGAUAGUUAUGAAAGUUCAGAAUUAAGUGAAGUUGGAGAAGAUUCUGAAGCAGAAACUGAUAAGAUGGAUUUUUUGGAUGAUAGAGACUCAAAUGAUAAACAAACUGAUUUACAAACAUUAUCUGAAUUGACUGAUUUAGCAAAAUUGGAAGACAUAGAUUUUAAUUCAGAUGAUGAUAUAGAAGUGGAGAAAGUUGGAGAAUUAGACAUUCCAAAUUCUGCAACCGAAAAAGAAAAAGAUUUAUUCACAAAAGACGAAUUGGACGAUGCUAAGGAUGAAUUGAGUUCAUUGAUUACUAGGAAAAGAACUGCUAAUGAAGAACCUUUUGAUGAAGAAGAUGAAGAAGAGAAUGAUAAAAAGAAGCAAAAGCGAGAUACAAAACUAGAUACUGAUGAAGAUAAAGAAGUGAACGAGGAUAAGGAAAUAGAAGCAGAUGAUUUUGAUGAGCUACAACCAAACUUAGAUUCUAUAGAUGAGGAUAGGGAAAAAGCAAACAAAAUUAUUCCAGAUGACUCAGAGAUACUACCCAAUACGACUGAAAAACAAAUUACACCAGAUGAUGAAGAAAAUGAAGCUGAAGCUGAGUAUGAAGAAGAAGAUGAAGAUAUAGAAGAAGAUGAAGAAGAUGCGGAAUCUGAUACAAAACCCGUAAGUAAAGAUCUGGACACCACAGAAAUUUCGAAAAAAGAAGAUGGAACUAUUAUUGAAGAAAAAAUAGCUGAAGAGGAUGAUGUUGAUUUGAAUGAACAAAGAAGAUUAGCUAUUGAGGGUUUAGUAGCGAUUGAAAAAUGUUUUGCUGAAGUAAGAGAUAAACUAUACGAGGAUAAAUUAGCAUUAUUAGAAAAAGAAUUAGAAUUAUGUUUAGAAGGUUCACAUCCUGAAUUAUCUAAAAUUUAUUAUAAAGUUGAUAGUUUUUAUCAAGAUAGUCUAAAUUUAGCAAAUUCAAAUUUAUCAUAUAAAUUAAAAUGUAUUGAUAAAGAAACUUUAGCUACAAGAACAUCAAUACAUCAAAAUUAUCUUAAAAACAUAAUGGACACAAAAAAUGAAAUGAUAACGGAAACUACUUCAAUGUGGUAUAAAAUUAAUAAAGAAAGAAAUCAACUUGAUCAAAUUGUACCAGAUUUUAAUUAUUCUGCUAUACCUAAUAAUAUAAUAAAUCAAGAAGAUAUAACUAUGGGUACAUCAUCUACUUAUUUAGAAGCUAUAGAAAAUUCAACACCAAAAUUAAGAAAAGCUAUUAAACAAAAUACAAUCAUAGAAUUAGUUCAACAAAGAAAUAAUUUAAAUCAACAAUUAGGUAUAUUGAAUGGAUUGAUACAAUUUCAUGGUUUCCCGCUGGCUAUAAGCUCUUCUAUUAAUAAUGAGAAUGACGGUGGUUCUGAUGAAGUUAAAGAGUUAUUAUUACGAAAGGCUACUGACGAUGAGAUUAAUGAAGAUUUGAAAGCUAUGGGUAUAAUACGGACCUAA